UACACCUUAUCUUCGCCUUCAACUUUUUGUGACCCCCCUUUCUCUCUCAAAACACAUCAAAUUUAGAACCCUAAUUUGACAUUCUUUUUCCCCCUUAUUUGGAGCUCAAAAGAUACAGUUUUUAUAGUUUUCUUUUCGAAAAAAAAUGUGAUUCAAGCCUGAAUAGUUGUUCCACUGCCUUCUUCUUAAUAUUUUUAAAAGCUUUUACCUUGAAAUUUCAGCUUUACUGAAGCUGAAUUUGUUUGUUUCUUAAAAUCUAUUUUAAUCAGCUGGGUUGAUAUCAAAGUUUAAUUUUCGUAUGAAACCUUGACUUUUCCAUUGAAAAGUUGGGAAAAUAAACACGUUUAAGGCACGCAUUUGUUUGAGCUCAAAACUGAAAAUUGUCAAUAUUUAUCGACUUUGAAUGUUUUAAGCUUUUGGGUUAAUUUCUUAUCCAUUGGUUAGCUACUCAAAAGAACCCAAUUUUUAGUUUUUGUUUUCUUAUUUAGAUUGGCUACUUCAUGUCAGUAGAAAGGUCAUUUGAAGCCUGGGAAGAGGUCCAACGCCAGGGCCAGGACCUUGCCGAUCGGCUAGCUCAAGGCUUUACUGGCUUAAUCCAUUCCCACAUGAACCCACCUUCAUUCCCAUGGCCAAACCCUCCAAAGUCCAUGCUUUUCGACCUCGAGUUCGCUUCCCAAUCCUUUGUCAAAAAGGAUUUUGGCCUUCCCAUUGACAAGUCAGCCAUUUUUGACAUCGGUGGGAUUGGGAACACGAUUGGCCGAGUCGGGGCGGAUUUCAGUGCCGGCUUAAAUGGAUUAGUGCAGCAGUUCUUCAGGAGUUUGCCCAUCCCCUUUCGUGCUGAGGAGAGUGCAGUUUUGCCUGUUAGAGGUGAUAUGAUUUUAAACCGGCAGAAGGCUGAGGUGGGUGGCAAUGAUAUGGAGGGUUGGGUGGGUUUUCCAGAUCGAUCAAAGUAUUUAGAGUUCGUUGAAAACGAGAAUGGUUCGGAGGGACUGGAGGAUGAAGAAGUUUCAGGGUUUAAUUUGAAGUCUUCUGGAUUACUUAGGAGAAGUCAGCAGGGGCUCAUAAAUAUUACCUCAACAUAUGAGAGUAGAACACGAGAUUUACAAAGUAAUUUGGUUGCAAGGGGAGACCUAUGGAGAGUAGAGGCAUCAAAUGGCAGCUCUACAUCAGGGAGUGACAACUCUUUGUUUCUUCUUCAGCUUGGACCAGUACUCUUCGUUAGGGACACAACACUUCUUUUACCAGUCCAUCUAUCAAAGCAACAUUUGCUUUGGUACGGCUAUGAUAGGAAGAAUGGAAUGCAUUCUCUUUGUCCAGCAAUAUGGUCAAAGCAUAGGAGGUGGCUAUUAAUGUCAAUGCUCUGCCUUAAGCCUUUAGCUUGUUCAUUUGUAGAUUUGCAAUUUCCAAAUGGACAAUUGACGUAUAUAUCUGGUGAGGGGCUGACAACAAGUGCUUUCCUACCUCUUUGUGGGGGACUUCUUCAGGCACAGGGCCAAUAUCCAGGAGAAAUGAGAUAUAGCUUCUCCUGCAAGAAUAAGUGGGGAACUCGUAUCACACCAAUGGUCCAAUGGCCAGACAAAUCAUUUACCCUUGGUCUUUCACAAGCCUUGGCUUGGAGGCAAUCGGGGCUCAUGAUGAGGCCAUCCAUUCAAUUUAGCUUGUUUCCAACAUUUGGUGGAAGUAAUCCGGGGUUGCAAACCGAAGUUAUACACACGGUGAAGGAGGAUAUCAAUCUGAUUUGUGGUUGUGCUCUGGCGGCACAUCCUUCUGCAUUUGCAUCAAUAUCAUUUGGACGCUCUAAGUGGAACGGAAAUGUCGGAAAGUCAGGGAUAGUAGUGAGAGUCGACACACCUCUAUCCAAUGUUGGCCGCCCAUCUUUUUCUGUUCAGAUAAACAACGUCAUCGAGUUCUGAUCGUUUGACAUCCAAAGCCUUCGGUUGAAGUGUAUAUAGAGCUGCAUUGCACAUAAAUUAAAUGACACCACAUGUGAAUAUCAGAAUGCUACCUGUGGUAACUAUAUUAAUCUCUGAUCCAACUUUGGAUAUACAUCUGAUGGUUUUUAUGAGAUUAUCGGGUCAAAAAUUUUGGUUAAUGCUUCUGUU